AGAGAGAGAGAGGGAGAGAGAGAGAAGGAGGGAUAGUAAAUACCUUAUAUGUAUUCUCAAGAGCAAUAGGAAAAUAAAAACAGAGACGAGAGAGAAAGAGAGAGAGAGAGAGAGAGAGAGAGAGAGAGAGUGACGAGUGGGAGGGAGAAAGAGAGGGUUAGAUGUUUAUAUAUUUUGCUGAUGGGAGAGACAGAUAGAUAGAUAGAUAGAUAGAUAGAUAGAUAGAUAGAUAGAUAGAUAGACUGCCGGAUAAGCAAACAGACAGACAGACACACAGACAUGCACACACAGAGCGACAGACACUAAAAUCAACAGAGGGAGGGAGAGAGCUGGCUAUUUCCAUCAAUGACAGAGACACAGACAGACAGACAGGCAGACAGACAAGGGCUAUUUUUAUUACCGACUGAGGCUCAGACAGACUGACAGACAGACAAACAAACAAUAGGCAUACUAAAACCAAAACACAGACAGCCAAGACCAAGAGAGAGAGAGAGACAGAUAGAGAUAGAGAGAAGGUGUGUGUGUGUGUGUGUGUGUGUGUGUGUGUGUGUGUGUGUGUGUGUGUGUGUGUGUGUGUGUGUGUGCACUUGGCCUGUUUUCCGCGUUUCCUCAAAGCCCCUGUCCCCUCCCUUCUACUACCCUCUCAACCCCCACCCACUCCUCAUCCCUCACUGGAGCACAGGAGAAGACAAGAAGAGAAGAAUGUCAGGCCUGGGUUUAGGAAUAUUAUCACUGACCAAUCGAAUAUUACCUGGCUGCUAAGAAAGGACAGGACCAGACUCACCUCAACACAACUAUGGGCUGCAUAGGAUCCCGGACUAUCUCAUCGGAGGCCGUGCAGGUGGGCAAGAAAGAAGGAGAGCAGAAUGCCCGUACAGAGCUCUCCUGGGACGGUAUCAAUAUCUCAAUGGAGGACACAACCUCAAUUCUCCCCAGGCUGAAACGGAACUCAAACGCCUAUGGGAUUGGAGCGCUGGCUAAAUCAUCACUAUCAGCAGGGGCGUCCCGCAGCGUGAAGGAUCACAUCACCAAGCCCACGGCCAUGGCUCAGGGACGCGUGGCGCACAUGAUCGAGUGGCAGAGCUGGGGCAAGCCCUCCGCCGGCCCCGGGGUGAUUAGACCAGCCGCCCGGGAGAGAGAGAGGCGGCUGGAGAACGACGCCUACUCAGACCUCAGCGAAUCAGAGAAGGAGGCCAGGUUUGCUGCUGGUGUAAUGCAGCAGUUUGCAAUCUCCGAGGCGACUCUGCUGGCGUGGACCUCGAUGGACGCAGAGAGCAUGAGCGUGGGGUCAAACCAGGGCAGCGUGGCUCAACUGAGCGAGAUCAACCAGGAGUCAGUCACCAGCAGAGAUCAGAUCCUACGCCACUCAUCAGUAGAUGGCUGGCCACACACCUAUGUAUCUCAGGGUCUGUACUGUCUCAGCUCCUCCGAUGCCUGGGAGCCAAUGAGCAACGAGCAGUCCAACAUGGCCUCUCCUGCUGCUGGGUCCUAUGUGAUGGGGGCUUCACAGAACUAUGAUGAAAACUCUGCCUACUUACACCAACAUCUACAGCAGAUGCAGCCAAUGGAACACAGAAUAAACCACACCCAGUCUGCUCAACAAACCCCGAACAGCACAAUCCACGGGCAGCAGGAUCCACCCACUCACACACCACUGGUGGAUCUGUGGGGGGCGGGCCAGAGUAGAGUUCAUUACACUGAGGUGGGCGGGUAUGUGGGUGUGUCUGCUGAAGAAGGAGGUGUGACCACGGGGGAGGAGCCUGCAGUGGAAAAUGCUCCUUUAUUGAACAAGCAAGAUUCAAAGGAGGACGAGGACGAUGCUCUGUGUAGAGAUCUGGAGUCCAUGUCUCCCCCCCGAGAGGAAGCUGUCAUCGUGGGCAACAACAGCACCAAUGAGACCAUCCUGCCCCGGAAAAUCUCUGAUGUCACUUCCUCUGGAGUGCAGUCUUUGGACGAGGAAGACGGAGAGACCAGCAACAACUGAAAGGACGGCAGGUUUGACAUCUGAAUCGCCUCCAUACUCGGCACUAGUGAUUCAUUGGAAUUUGUUGGUCAACCAGCUUUGUGAAAAAAAGCAACAAAGUAACCCCACAAACAAACUUUAAUUUGUAAAGAAAUACAUGUAAAAGCAUUUAGGAUUUCCAUUUUGGAAAAUGGCCAAGCAUGCUAAAGGGUCUUUUUACAAACCAAUGGAAUUCUGCUUGAAAAAUGGGAGAAGGAUCCAGAAAAUACCAACAGGAGUUUGGAAAAUUUGAAAUGUUCCAGAAAUACGGAGAGGAAAUAAGGAGUCUAAAACUGAGACAGAAGCUUGAUUGUUGAAAAGUGCAAGUCAUGCUGAUUUUUUACAAACAAACUCUGGACACAAUGGAUUUGUGUUUUAAAGUUUUACACAGAAAACAAAACAUGCACUAAUUCUUCAACCCUACUUGUAACUCUAAAAGAUUUUAAGACAACUUCUGAAUUCUUUCCAAAACCAGGACUUGGCACUGUUUAUUUUUAAGCAGGUUCAUUCACUAGCCUCUCUAUUCUUUCCCCUCAAAAAAUAUUCAAGAAUUCCCCCUAUUAUUACAGUAUCUAUAGACGUUAGUUCUGUUUAAUUGUGUAAAAUCUAGACAUAAAAUCAAUAUUAAGGAUAACAAAAUAAUGCUAUUUUAAUAUAGAGUUUUACAAAAAUAUACAGUAAAUGUUUUGUAUUCUCCAAAUGGAAAAUCUAAUUAAAACAUAAAAAUGACAUUUUCACCUAACGACUUCACUAAGGAGGUUUGUAAUUGCAGGAAUAAAGAGUACAUGGAUUGAAACUGCAUUUUCUUAGCUUUGCCUUUUCUGUGUGCUUCUCAUUGCAUUUGUCAAAAUAUUUGAUCGGUCUGUGCUUGGGCUAUGAGUUUAGAAGCUGGUUGUUUCCUGCCAUAGAUAUAAUGUAGGCUAGAUCAGCCAAAGCAUCUUUAUAUUAGUAAGUACCAGCGCCAUCUAGUUCACAGCAGUGUAUUACAAACAAAACAAAAGUAAACUUGAUCCAAAGUGACAAUCACUAAUGGUACCGGCUUUUCUAUAAAGACACUUGGACUGGUCUAGAAUUGAAGAGCAGCUCCUGAAAUAAGGGGAAACCAUAAAAACACAGACUUAGAAAAACAGUAGAAAAAACACAGUAUUGUAGUAAUUGUAGAAUGAUUGCCAACAUCACAAAUGCAUUAAAAAAGAAUUGAACUAGAAGCUCCUUUCUCUUCAGACUCAUAAUCUGUAAUGAUCAGAUACUUACAAGACAAAUUGUCUAUUUGUAAUGACCAAGACCAAUAGAGUUUACUGCUGAGGAAGCAAAAGAUCGAUCAAGCAUAUCAGAGGAAUAUUUUUGGGAAGAUUUUAAAUUUUUUGAGUAAAAUAUUGAGGGAUGUUUUCAACUCUAGAAUGUUUUCAAACAUUGGAAUUAAAUGAUGUGGGACAAUUUGAAUUUUGGAGCAAAAUGUCAUUGGCAUGUACUUUAUUUGGAUGAUACAAACUGUGAAUUUUGGUGGAAAAUAUUGAGGGGUGUUUAGGAAUUUGGAAGAAUCUGGAAAUGUAAUAUCUCUGGCUCAUGUUGAAGUAUUUUAGGCAUUUUGGAUGAAAAUAUUGUUGGAAAGUUCUGAAUUUUAGAAAUGAACUUUCUUAAAGUUUCAGUUUUGGAGAAGAAAAUCUAUUGUCAGGACCAUUUGAACUUUGGAACAAACUAGAGCACUUGCUAAAACUCAACCAAACUAUGAUCCUGUACGUUGACCAGUUUAUAGUUCAAAACUACAAGUGUUGUGAGUCGACAAUUACAAUUCUUGGAUGGAAUACUUUCAAUAUUCUGCAAAAAAAACAAAAAAAAAACAAUGAUGAGUGAAAUGUGUGUGAAGUUAUCUUAAAAAAAGGAAAUGAAAAGUACUCUCUGGAACGUGUGUCUUUUUUUAAUUUUGUUUUUGUUUUUUUAAUCUCUGCAUGGACAAAGUUGUCAGCCAUUUUGAAAACCAACACUGCAUCAUGGGUAAUGAUUGUAACUGUUUAUUGCCAGGAAAAGCAUCCUGUUAAUGCUUUAUAUUACAUUACAUUAAUAAAUAUUCAGUUGAUAUGCAAUUACACCAUUAGACUGCCAUUGCAGUUCUUUGCUCAUAUCCCAUAUAUAUAUAUAUAUAUAUAUAUAU